GCGUCGCGGCGGUCGGUGAUCGCACAUCACCGGGCGUCGCUCGCGGAGAGAUAGACCAACGGAGAGAGAGAGAGAGAGAGAGAGAGAGAGAGAGGCGCACGCUCGGGAGGGAGGGAGGAGGGAACGCUGCCGCCGCGAAAGCAAGGAAGGAGAAGGAGAGAAAAAGAGCUGCAUAAGCGGAGGCUAGUUGGAGAAGGAGGGCAGGGCAGGCCAGGCCGUCAGGAAGGAGAGUGAGGAGGAGGGACACAGAGGAGAGGCGGCAGCAGCAGCAGCAGCAGCAGCAGCAGCAGCAGCGAGCUAUGGCGGACGAGGAACAUCAUUUUGAGCACAAGGCCGACUCCGGCGCCUCGAAGACGUUCCCCCAGCAGGCGGGAACUAUCAGGAAGAAUGCUUUCAUCGUCAUCAAGAGCCGUCCGUGCAAGGUGGUAGAGGUUUCAACCUCUAAGACAGGUAAGCACGGUCACGCCAAGUGUCAUUUCGUUGGGAUUGACAUCUUCACUGGCAAGAAGCUCGAGGAUAUUGUGCCGUCCUCUCACAACUGCGACGUCCCGGAAGUGACACGUACAGAUUACACUCUCCUCGACAUUACGGACGAGGGUUUUGUCAGCCUCCUCUCUGAUAAGGGCGACACCAUGGACCACAUCCGCCUGCCCAACGACACGGCGCUAGCCAAUCAGCUGAAGGAAGGUUACUCAGCGGGGAAAGAGCUCAUGGUUACGGUCAUGUCAGCGAUGGGAGAGGAGCAGAUAGCGGCCGUCAAGGAUGUGGGGCCUAAAUAACUGACAAGUGCCAAUCCUUUAAGAGAGUGUUCAUCGUAUCGACCAUGUAGAGGGUUUGCUGAAAGCGUGGGGGGGGGGGGCGAGUGAAGGAAAGGGAAAGUGGGCAUGUGCGUAUGUUAGGGGACCGAGUGGUGGAGAGGGAAAGGGGGACGGGGGGGGAGAGAGAGAGAGAGAGAGAGAGAGAGAGAGAGAGAGAGAGAGAGAGAGAGAGAGAGAGAGAGAGAGUGAGAGAGAGAGAGAGAGAGAGAGGUUGUUUGUGUGGUCGAAUUAUGUCGUUUCGGAUGAGUCUAGAGUAUAACCGGGGAGGCGGGGAAGGAAAGGAUGGCGAUGGAGGGAGGGCGGGGGGAAAGAAGAGAGCAAGGGGAGGGGGGCGGGGGGUGGUCAACGACAGUCACGGCGGGGGAACGGUUAGCUCGCGUAGUGUCGAGCGCGAGAGAUUGUAAAUCAGAAAAMGAAGGGCUGGAUGUUGAAAGUUGUAGAGUAUGUUGUUUUGGCAGAGACUGACACAAAAAGUGGAGAGCUGGAGAGGGGGUGGGCGAGAGGAGGGAGAGGGGAAGGGGUGAGGAGGCGGUGAGAAAGACGACGAUGAUGAUGGUGAUGAUGAUGAAGGUGAUGAUAGUCGAGUGGGAAUGCUAACGGUGCGCUGUGCACUUUCUCGUGCUGUUGAGGAGAGGUGUGUGUCUUUGAGUUGUUUUAGGAGAGCUUGUCGGCGGGAGAUGUAGGAGUUGUAGAAAGAUAGAACGGGAGAUAGGGAGGGAAGGGAGGGGUAGAGUAAUUGGACGUAAAAGAAGUCAGGACAGGAGCGAGAGGGGGAAACGAAGGAUGAAAAAGAAGUCGGGAGAGGUGGUUCUUCAGUUGUCUUGAGGUGUCCUGGUUGCGGUUCGUCGCUUUUGUCUGUCGGGGCGGAUGGAGUACUCUUUGCAGGUGGGCGAACGGGCGGGCGUUUCAGGCGGAGGGACGAAUAUUCUCUCGCUCUUUUUCCUUGUUUUUCGCGGAAGUACUUUGUUGGUCAAGGCAGGAUUAGGUGGGGGGGGGGGGGGGAACCUGAAACUGGUGAUACUCUGAUGGUGGACGUGAGACUUCAUGCCGCCGGUGGACGUGAAACUGCAUGCGGGUGGAGUUAGUUUGUUCUUGGGGUGGGAACGAGGAGAUGUCUUAGGCAGCUGGCGUGUUUUCCGCCCGCCCUUCUAUUAGAGAAUUUCAUUUUUCUGAUUUUUCGAGAAACAAUAGUUGUUGUCGCGGAUAAGACUGUUGUCGCUGUCUCUGGGUAUGAUGCUUGCCAUGCAUGACGUACGCAUGUACGUACGUACAUAUGUUUUCGCUUGUCAUGCAUGGCGUCUGUGCGUGCGUACGUACGGAUGUACGUUUUCGCUUGUCAUGCAUAGCACAUGCAUGGCGUCUGUGCGUGCGUACGUAUGGAUGUGUGUGUUUGCUUGUGAUAACUGGCGUAUGGACAUAUUUUGUUCCUCCAUCCCUCGACCCCACCCUCCUUUUGUCGGAUGUGGAAUUUUUAAUCCUAUUUUCUUUCUUUUUGGGUGGUUUUGAACGCUGUCAUCGCUCUCUCUGGGUACGCUUGUCAUGCAUGGCGUGCGUACGUUUGUUUUGUCUUCGUGUAUUCGGGCUCUACGUACGUAGGCAUGAUUUUUUAGUCUCUCCCCAGUUAUUGCUUCUGGUAUAUUUUUUUCCUCUUUCUGUUGGGGGUUUGUGUCGAGUAUUUCUCGUCGUUCCUUUUUUUUUUUCUUUGUCCGUCGUGUCACCUUCCAAUCAUAUGGGAGGUGUUGCUUGUUCUGGCGGGUGGCGAGGAAAGGGAAGAGAAGAAAGUGGAGGGAAAAAAGGCGGUCGGCUGUGGAGGAUGAUGGAAGUGUCGAUUGUUGUUUAUCUUCUUUGCUGUUUUUUUGGGGGUUGUUUUUCCGUCUGCUCGUCCGUCUCCUCUGUCUUUUGCGGUCUUCUCUUUCUUUGUUUGGAUUUAAAAGGCCAUUUUCAGUGGUGAGGUUUUUCAAGGCCAUUUUAAGUCUCUCUCCUGGAUAUUGUGUUUUUUCUUCGUUAUACAAGAGAUAUAGGGGCGACAUCCCCCUAGCGAAGAGGAUUACAAAGCGCUUGUUGUUGCUGUCAGACAUGUUGCAGUGCAGCUGAGCGAACAUCACGGGUGGCAAGUGUGCACGCCACCGUGAUAGAAAUGUAGCAGUAGGACUCCUUCCCGUGCUCUUGCUGUCAGGCACGUCGCAGUGCAGCUGAGCGAACAUUACAGCUGGCGUGCGUGUGCAUGCAUGCACAGCUGGCAUGCGUGUGCGUGCAUACACACGCAUGCAUGCACGGGCAUACGCACGCAUGCAUGCACGUGCAUGCAUGCAUGCAUCCAUGCUUGAGCGAUGACAUGCGUGCACGCAUGAACGAUGGCGAGCGUGCAUGCAUGCAUGAACGAUGGCAAGCAUGCAUGCAUGCACGCGUGGCGGUGUACGGGCAUGCGCACUUGCAUCGCUGGGUAACUGAAGUGCAUGCAUGCAUGGGAAGGUGGUGUACGUGUAUCCGCAUCGCUUAUCCAGUGAAGAAGGGAGGUAAAUGAAGAUGCUCGAUGAGG